GUAGAUAAUUAAAUAUAGAUGUUAAUCUGAUUUGAAUGUCGCUAGAAAUGAAUGAGAAUUCAAAGACUUCUUCACGGCGUUUCCACUGCGAUUUCUUCAGAUUUGCUCUACUAAACUUGUAUUUAGGCAAUGCCGCAUUAGUCAUUGAAAAUUGCCUUCCUUACUCAAUAAAUGGUCACCUCCUUCGAUUAACUAACGUCUAAAAUAUGUCUUAAUCAGCUUUACGAAAACAAUCUUGUCUGCCAUUGUUCAAUGGAAAUAUCUCCGAGCGAAGCAAUUUUAUGGCAGUUUUAUUAAUAUUUUUGCGAUAAAAGUGCCCCGAGAACAUGGUAAUUAGAAGUCGUGUUUUACUGUAGUGAGCUAUUGAAAAAGGUGUCGAAAUUUUCAUUGCUGUUUUCCACGUGCAGUCUUGUCAGGAAAUUGCCAAAAAAUCAAAUGUCUACAUCGUAAAAAUGCACUUUAUCGCCAUAGAGUUACCGUGCGGAAUAUAAAGCAUUAGUAAUUAUGCAGGAUAUAGUUAAUGUGAACAACAAAAAAUUGCACCAGAAGGAGGUAGAGUUAUCAAUUUGACUCCGGAAAUGCACAGGUUUUCGCAGUAUUGACGUUAGAAAUAAAGUUGUUUUAAAGUAAUCGUCGAUCUUGGAUUAUAAUGAAGUUGUACUGUUGCUCGAGUUCCAUAAAAAUAGAUGACCAAUCCAAUAACAAUCAGGUAGCAGUAAGCAAAGAGUCUUUGCUAGGAUGCAGGCAUAUACAAAUGUUUCUCUACUUUUUACUAAUGAUGUACUCAUAUUGCAUGAGAUCGGUACUUUCUGUAGCUAUUGUGGCCAUGAAUGAUAAUAGUACCACUUUAAACCCAGAUGUACCGGUCUAUCACUGGACAGAUCAAAGCAUCGUUUUAUCCGCAUUCUUUUGGGGAUAUAUAAUUUGUCAAGUACCAGCUGCUCACUUUGGCAAAAAAUAUGGAAUCAAAUGGAUUCUAGUGGGUACCACAAUAGUAGAUUCUACAGCUUGUAUUACAAUUCCUACUAUGGCGAAUAAUUUUGGCUCAAAAGGAGUGAUGCUCUGCCGGUUUACACAAGGUUUAGCACAAGGAUUCCUUCUUCCUUCGAUUCACACUCUUUUAGGACACUGGGCCCCUCCUUCGGAACGAUCAAGAAUUGGAACUUUUGCAUAUGCAGGCUCUGUAUUCGGAAACAUCGUAUCAAUGCCAAUUACCGGCCUAAUUUGCUCACACUGGAUGGGAUGGCCAUUUUCCUUUUAUCUAUGGGGAGCUUUCGGGCUUAGUUGGAGUUUAAUAUGGAUGUUUUUUGGAUUCGAUCGCCCAAAAUGCCACACGAACAUAAGUCAGAAGGAAAAAGAUUACAUUGAAAACAGCUUAGGACAAUGCGGCGAACCGCAACAAAAAAUACCUUGGAAAGAUAUACUGAAGUCCAUGCCAGUCUGGGCGCUAAUUGUAUCAAAUCUUGGGGUAAACUGGGGCAGCUCAGUUCUCCUGACUCAAACCCCCACAUAUUUGAACAAAAUUUUGAAAUUCGACAUAAGAUCGAAUGCUGCUUUAUCAGCUGCGCCUUAUCUGGCUAUGUGGAUAUUGUCAUUCGUAUUUAGCACUGUCUGUGAUCUAUUAAUUAACAAGGCUUGGAUGAGCAGAGGAAACGCACGGAAACUAUUCCACAGUAUUGGUACUUUAUGUCCUGCACUCGGAUUAUUAUCUAUCGGAUUUAUUACGGAAGAUCAGGCUUAUCUAUCCGUAGGAAUCUUAAUUUUAGUUGGUGGCGCUAUUGGAGCAGGAUUUUGCGGAUUUCAAGUCAACCACAUCGAUUUGUCUCCAAAUCAUUCCGGCAUGCUGAUGGCUUUGAGUAACGGAUGCACGAGUAUUUUUUCAGUUAUUUCGCCGCUGGUUGUUCAAUUUAUCGUUACAGAUCAGUCGAAUCAAAGCCAAUGGAGAAUUAUUUUUAUGAUGUCGGCUGUAGUGUACAUAAUCAGCGACUUUUUCUUCAUUGCUUUUGCAUCUGGUGAAGUCCAAGAAUGGAACAGCAAAUUAGAUGAUCCAGAAAAGACUGAGAAUAAACACAAAGUAUAGUAACAUGCAUGUAAAAACAUGGCUAUUUCACUUUCAUAUGACGGGCGUCGAUUUUCAGUCGCCAAAGUAUUGAAUUAUUCAUUAAGGGUAUAGGUACCAAAAAUUAAACUAAUUUAUUUUUUUUUUAAAUCAGAAGGUCAUGCUGUUAUGUAGUAUAAACCCACUAAUUAAUGUACGCAUUUAUUGUGAAAAAUGUGAGAUAAUUUUUAAGCAAAGUAAGAUGCCAUUGAGCAACUUUUAGCAUACAUACCUCGUUGAAAUUAAACAUUUUCCAUUUAUUCCCUGCUUUUGAGCGAAAAUAAUUUGCUAUAAAAUUAUAUUUUUUCAUAUGAAGCAUGUUUUUUGUGUUCAUAUGAAGCAUUGUUCAUAUGCAGCAAAAUUUUAAUCAGUGUUGACUUUUAUCAAUCGAAAAUUGCCAACCAUUUAUCAUAUAAAAUUAGGCAGAUUGUUCACAAUACAAUCCCCGUUCCCUCAAAUCGAAUUUAUUCGAGUAUCACAUAGUCAAUUGUUCACAUUUCAUAUUCAAGUUCAAAAUAAGAGAAUGGGAAACGAAACCAAUAUUUUCGAAUACUGUGUAGGCUUGACAUUACGCCUCUUCACAAAUAGCACAAUCUACUAACAUAAAUGUAAAAAGUUGCUUGAAAAAUAAUUCCAUAUGGUGUUGUCAAAUAGUAGUGUGCGAGAUUUCUAUACUGACCUUAAAGCAAAGUAUGUCUUCUCAGUACAAGACUCAGAGGGAUUAGAAAAAGUAACUUAAAUUAAGACCUUGCCUAAGCAAAAAAAUUGCGCCCAAAUAGUUGCUUUGAACAGAGCAACAGCAAGAGAUGAAAAGCGGAUAACAAUUUGGCAAUUUAUCAUUACACCACCAUUACACACCAUUACACACCAAGCCACCAUAUACCAUAUUUUAUCUUCGUUUGCAUUUGUUGAAUUUUAAAAUCAGGUUCCUUGCUAAAACUAGCAAAAACUUAAUUUCUCUCAUGAACUACUCUAGUGGAAACGAUUCAAUAUUCCGAAUCUGAGAACUGUUAUGAAAGUAAAUCUUACUACUUUCAAAAGUCUAAUUAAUUUUUCUUUCUUUGCUCAGAGCAUAUAAACUUGGAUCCAAAAACAGUCAAAUAUGCUUCAAAUUCAAAAUUAAUGAUUUCUGCACUAAACUCUCUCAAUAAAAGGCGUGCCCAAAACAGUUCCCAUCUAGAUAAAGAUAAUUUGAAAUAAUUAUACUUGAAAAAUGUGAGAAUAGUUGCUUGGCAUAGGCGUGGCCGAGCCUACAAGUGUUUUGAAAUUAGCGUAUACACGAUUAGGCCUUGUUGUGAUCGUGAGGUAUGAGCUCACGGAUAUCGCAAUUUAUUUCAGUAAUUUAUUACUUCUGCCUUAAAUAGAAACAAUUAGAUUUGGCUUGAGCGUCAAACAAUAAAAAAUGAUUAGCCCAAAAUCUCUAGCGCGAGUAAUUCGAACCGAUUUUCGAUUUGCGCGCUUAAUUGAUAUAAUUGAAAAUAAAGCUGUUUUGAAACAAUUUGUAACAACUGUUUUGAGAUAGUAUGCUGUUUGCUGAAGACAAUAUUAAAAGGCCACCUUUAUGCUUU